AUGGUGAGUAAGGAGCCCAGCAAAUGCCUACUCACCACCUCGGAAAGCGAAGUCGAGCCAGCAGCUUCCCUCGCCUUGGAGAUGAAAUACGCACUGGAUCCCAAUCGGCAGAUUAAGAAGAGAAACAAAGCCCUCCAGGUGAGAUUUAAAGAUAUCUGCGAGGCCCAAAACGAACAAAGGGACAAACAACUGUCGACAGUACAGGACACAGACAAAAGAGAAGCAAAGGCCAUUUCUUAUAAAACGGCUUAUCGUAAAUACAUGACGGUGCCUGCACGAAGGUCAAUACCCAACGUCACCAAGAGCACAGGAGUCCAGACUUCCCCGGACCUUAAAAAGUGCUACCAGACGUUUCCUUUGGACCGGAAAAAAGGGAAUAUUAUUAAAAGCGCCUCGGCUGUCGAUACCUUUAAGAGUCAAAACAACGGAUUUCUAAUAGAUAUUAAGGAUAAAGACAGCAAAAGCUCAGGGGAGGCUCUCCAGUGUAGCAAGAAGGGGGGCAGCCUGCAGACCGCCGAGUUCAUCUCCCACGCGCCGGCGCAGUGCCCGGCGGCCGAAUGCCGGGACCAGACCCUUCAGCUAAACGUGGGGCCUGCGGGGGAGAACCAGCCUUGUCGGCCGGCGGGGGCGGCGAGCGAGGCGUGCCAGCAAAUCGUGCCUCACACCGAAGUGGUGGACUUGAAAGCACAGCUUCAGAUGAUGGAGAGUUUGAUCAGCUCUAGUCAGGAAACCAUAAAAGUGUUGUUGGGGGUUAUACAGGAGCUAGAGAAAGGAGAAGCGCACAGAGAAGGGCUUUCAUAUCGGACUGGUCAAGACACAGCUAACUGCGACACAUGCAGGAACAGUGCAUGUAUUAUCUAUAGUGUGGAAUUGGAUUUUAAGCAGCAAGAAGAUAAACUACAGCCAGUUUUGAGAAAACUUCAUCCCAUUGAGGAAACUCAGGUUGCACCUUUGCCUUAUUCUCAGGAGGGUUACUCCUCAACUCCCAAGCAAAAAUCCAAAACUGAAUCAAAAAAGCAUGGAAGAUGGAAACUCUGGUUCCUUUAACCAAGUCCAUUACAUAUGGAGUUCAAGGCCUUCUUUGAGAAAUAUUUGGAAUUCUAUCAAUCAUCUAAAAAGGGAUCUUGGUAAAUUGAUCAGUGUUAUCAGCCAAUGUCGUUCUGACUAUUCUGGCAGCAUUCGGUUCUCAUCACAUGUACCAAAAAGGCCUUUGUACCUAUAAACUACUGUUCAGGAGCGAGGCAUUAAGUAAUACCUUGCUGACUUUUAUUUGCAGUUCACCAGUGUGGGAUGUAAAACCUGAAUUGAAAUUUGUACAAAGAUGGAAAGUAAAACUAUUUUCCCCCCUUAGAUCUGAAAGCAUCACGUUUUAACCUGUUAAAUUGUAGGCUGCCAUCCUGUACACAGCUAAAUAUCACUAUUGUUUUGAAGCCUUUUGGGGGUUUGUUUUAUUGUCUUUAAACACCAAUGAGAAAACAAAAAAAAAAAAAAGAGGCAAGCCUUAUGUUUGCAAUCGUCUUCAGUUUUACAAAUCCAUGUGGAUCGGGGAGUGCAAUUUUCAGCACAGAUAUCCUGGACAAAGCACAAUUUUUCAUGUGGUCCGAGACCAUGAAUAAUCAAUCUCUAAGAUGUGACUAUAUGUAUAUUUGCCUUCAUGUCUUGUAAACUUCAACCAAGUUAUUACAUCUCAACAUUGUACCAUCUUUUCUAAUUUAGCUAUGACCUCAUCACCAGACUAACAAGUUUGUUGCUCAUCUCCAGUGGGUGAGCAGGUAGAAGUCUCCCAAAGUCAGGACAAUGCCGUUAACCACACCGAUUUGACAGGGUCAAGGUUAUCGGACAAUAAACCGUCCUAGAUCUCAUUUUUAAUCUUUUGGUACACAAAAGGUCUAAAUGAAACACUCUGGAACAGGAAAAAAAAAAUCAAAAAACCAAACCCCUAUGAUAAAAGGCUCUAUGGCUUGUUGGCAUUUGCCAUAAUUUAAUAGCUUUUUGUAACACAGCCUUUGGAAAACCUGUACUCAACUGCAGAAGGCACCAGAAAUUUUAUAGCAUGCACCAUGCUUUGAAACCCGUUUAGACAAGAUAAUUUUCAAGGGCAUUUAUUUAGCUGAGCCUUUUAAGACAGGUCUCCCAACAAACAUAUUUAAUUUAUAUCUAAAUAAUCUAUUAAUUGUACUUGCUAGUCAAUACCCUUAGUGAAGAAAUGUGGAUUGAAUUUUUCCUUUUUUUUUCUUUUUUUUUUUUUUUAAAGACACUUAAAAUCUUGCUCUAAAUUAUACACUGCAAUCUUUUCCUUUACGUAUUUGCUAAUGUUAUUAGAUUCUUAUCUAGAAUGACUGUUUGGGGAGAAAUGCCUAAUGCUAGAGCUGGCUAGGGAAUGGGAAUCUUGUCUUUUCUUUUAGGAGUGAAGAUAAUUGGAGCAGUACAGUGUCACGUGACAAACUGGUUCACAAAGUAUUGUUUUUGAAACUUUAUACCCCACAGUGUCAUUGGGAUAUCUAUUCUUCGAUCAUUAAGUAGACAAAAAUGGUGGAAGAAACAAUCAUUUACGGAAGAGUUUGCACAUACUAAAAACCCGAAAAAUUUUAAUUUAUGCUCUUUUUCUCUUAGCUCACAAUCAAAUCAGUGACUAAUUUCACAAAAAAAGAGGAAAAUAAUUUUUUCUUUGCUUUGGGGAAAAAAUAAUAAGAAAAAUAAGUUAAUAUAAGAACACAACUAUGGAAGAUGUCUAUGUCCACUUCAAAACCAACGUCAGCGUGCUUUAAUGAAGAAGUCACCUUUGUAGUAAAUUUCAAGAGGGCUACAGGUUCUCAUACGUAAGUAAACAAUAUCCUGAAAUACUUCUGUGAAAGCUAAGGAUUUGAAAAGGUGAUCCUGUGUACCAGGAAGGAAGUGCAAUUGUUUCAUAUGGAAAAAUGUGUUUCAUGUAUUUUAUACCGUUUUUAAUUAAAGCUAUAAUACUGUUUACAAGACAGCCCACCUUACAUGUUUUAGAAACCCAAAUAUUUCAAAAAACAAGAAAAAGUUAUUUUUCCUAAAAAAAGAAAUAUCAAAUGCAGAGACAAGAAGAAAAUACAACAACAUUCAAUAUUUUACAAUAGUGGCAAUGAUUAACAAGCUCCUGCAUGCAAACACACCUAGCAUUUUAAGAAAAUAAACUCAAACAUCUCCCAAUGGGGAACGAUUACAAAUAGUUAGUCUCAACUAACCAGUAGCUUUUCCCAUAAACCUAUUCUAAACGCUCUUUUGUGUGGGGACUCUGGCACAAAAUUCUCUGAAAUGUUUUUAUGUGUGGUUACUAAUUCAUACAGAGACCAGUAUUCUGUCAUCAUCCAAAAUGAUAGACGAGGAUUCACUGUUGAAACAUUUAAGAGCUAAAAGUGAAAGUUCUCACUGAGCGUUCUACACGUCCAGGCUAUUUUCUUAAACAAGUUGCAAAUUUUUAAUUUUCUACAUUUUUUAAAAAUGAAAAAGCUAACAUACAUAUAGUCUUGCUUAAAAUUACAUAUCAUGUUAUAUGGUACCAUACAAUGUAAUUUGUAAUAAAAUGUUUUUGCAAGUGUGUAAAAUGUAUCAUAUUGUAUUACAUUUAGGAUCACUCAGGCUCAGAUUAGAUACUGAGGGAAACUUAAUUCUUUAGAGCUUUUAGUUAAAUGUAACUGACACGAAGCUAUCUUCACCCUAACGUAGAUCUUACAAGAUGCAGGUUAUAACAAAGAAAAUGCAUCAUCACCUUCAAUGUGGCACAUAACGUAGCUUCACUGAAUUCACUACAGUAUCAUGCGCUUUCAUACACCAAUUUACUAUAAGCACUGCUCCCCUAUCAUCCUUAAAAUACUUUCUAGUCAAUAAAUACUGCAGUGAUUUUAUAUUACUUGCUAUUUUCUGAGUCUGCAUAAUUUCCAUUAAGCAGUUAAAUCUUUGUUUUAGAGCUACUAGGAAACACAGUUCAUGUAUCACUUGUUUUCUUCAAGAAAGAGAAUCACUGUAAAACCAGUUUAAAAAUCAGGAUAAGUUGAAAAAAAAAAUCAUGAUUAAAACUGAAAAAUCCUAUCAUAAGUACGAAGUGUUUGCUUUUUCUUGCUUCAGAUGCAAAACAACCGUCUAUGCUGUUAAUUUUGCUCAAUGUUCUAAUGUUUAAUCACUUUUUAAAAAGUCAAGUAGAUCUAUUUUUCAUGAACACUUUAAAAAUCAAGAACAGUGUCAGAUUAUACCAUUUCUUUAGCAUCUGUGUAAUAGCAUACAUUAUGUACUACUACUUGAAUUUAACAGGAUUGCCACUAAAAAUAUAACUGC